AUGUCUCGCAUCUCCAUCGCUCUCAUUUGCGUUGUGCUGCUUGCUGGUCUAACGUCGGCCCAAAAAGCAGCCCGCGUUCAGGCACCAGCCUGCCCAGCAGCCAAGCACAAUGCGCGCAGUGAGUGCUGUUCCGUCCGUCAACGGCGCAGCUCGAUGAUUGACCUGCUCCCUCUCACGCACGCAGCGGCUACCAAGUAUCCCGGAACGUACGCCCAGGCGCAACAAACUUGGAUUCAGCGAUGCAAGGCGUUGGGCGACGGCGCCAACAGCACCGGCAAGACGAUUCCUGCUUUUGCCGGAACGCCUCCACUGGUUGCAUGCGUGGGCGCGUGCGUACAAUCAAAGAGACGCUUCACGCCACGCCCCGCUAGCUCGCUGACGUCGCCUUGCUUUUUUUUCGCUUGCAGCGCUGGCGAGGACCUGGGGUGUGUGGUACUCAACUCGUUUGGCGGUGGAUGGGAGUUGGCGACGCCGCAAGUAGGAACCUCGCCUAUCGGUGUCUGA